GUAAAUCAGUAGGUUCAUGUUUGCUGUGCCUUACGUAUCUUCGGAAUCGUUAUCCUUUUGUCAAAUACUCUGGCUAGCGCAGUUUGAUUCACUCUAAAAGUUGCUGCCGCAGAAAUACAACAUGGCGCUGAAAGCUCUACUGUCCGUAAGCAUUCGUCUCGCGAUCAUCAUCGCUGUCGUGUCGGCUGCAAACGCUGACGCCGUCAGUGAUGACGAGCAACUUGUGGUGAAGACCUCGACGGCUACGUUCCUGGGCAAACGAAUAGAGGUCAACCCCUAUCUCCUGCCCGACUUCCACGGGAGCGCAGCGGCAUACACCCGAAUCCCCUACGCCGAACCGCCCCUGGGCGAGUUACGGUUUCGUCGUCCAGUUCCCAAAGUCAUCGAAGGCGACUUCGACGCGACGAGGAAAUCAGUGGCAUGUUCUCAGGCUUCACAACCACCUUUCGUGUUAGACAUGGAUAUGUCUGAAGAUUGCCUCACUCUCGAUGUCUUUGUUCCCGAGCCCAAGCCAUCAUCUGCUGCUGUUAUGGUAUGGAUACACGGAGGGGGGUACUCAGUGGGUGCAGGGUCCAUCCCCGAGUCUCUACCCGUACCAUUGGCCGUUAUGAAUGACGUCAUAGUGGUUGCAAUCAACUACCGCCUCAAUAUUUUCGGUUUCGUCGCUUCAGGAGAGGAAGAUGUGAGUGAAGCUAACGUAGGAAUGCUGGAUCAGCGGCAGGCCUUGGUUUGGGUUCAGGAAAAUAUCGCAGCAUUCGGUGGAGACCCAAGCAGAGUGACAAUCUUCGGGGAGAGCGCCGGCGGGAUGAGUGUGAGCCUUCAUGUCCUAUCACCCAUGAGUAAAGGUCUCUUUUCAGGAGCUAUUUUGCAGAGCGGUGCCGUGACGACACAGUUUUCUUACGGAACACAGGCCGAAGGCGAAGAAAAUUAUUUCGUGUACGGCCGAGCCCUGAACUGCAGUCAAGAUUCUUACAGGGAAGUUGUGGAAUGUCUACGUGGGAUACCAGCUGAUGAUAUCACAGAUUAUUUAGCCACGGCGCCAGUGGAAAUGUACACGCACAUGCUUCGUCCUUUCAUCGACGGUGAAUUCAUACCACGUGAUCCGAAGGAGAUGUAUGCCGACGGAGAGGUGAACCAAGUCUCCAUCAUGACUGGGUGUCUUUCGGAAGAAGGAAACCUGUUUAUAAUACCUCCCGAUUUGGGACUGGAAAACCCCGACCAACCGAUCCUCAACAAGACCUCUUACGAAGGUGUCGUGUCGAUGUUUGUGCCGAACGCGGAUGAACUGGUGCUCAACACAGUCGCAAUGGUCUACAUGCCUCCUGAAGAGAUGUCGAAAGCGGAACCGGAGUAUACGGACGUCGUGGUCAACUACAUGGGCGACUCCUAUUUUGUUUGCCCGAAUUUCGACGCGGCCGACCAUCUCUCGGCCGCUGGUCUCUCCACUUACAGCUACAUCAUGACCCACCAGCCUUCUGUCUCGAUGUGGGGCAAGAAGCUCAAGUGGUCAGGAGCAACCCAUGGCGAAGACCUUCCCUACACACUCGGGAAUCCGUUCAUGUUAGAAUCCCUCGAUCCUGAAAGUAAUCUCUUCUUGAUCGGUCUCUUCAAUGAGCAAGAAGUGGAACUGGCUCUACAGAUCAUGAAGUAUUGGUCCAACUUCGCCAAGACAGGGAAUCCUAAUCUUUCAUGCAAAGAUGGCGAACCAGAUUCGAAGUAUCCACUAUGGGAAGCUUAUUCAAAGGAGAACAAAAACUACAAAGAUCUAUCUGUGACCUUUGAGAAUCGUGCGGGAUAUCCCAACCCUCAAAGUUGUAUGUUCCUGCGUGAUGUUCUCCCAAAACUACUAACAAAUGCAGGUACAGUAAAUCAUUGGAGGUAGUUUCAACUCAGUGUU